GCCAAGCUCUCAAGUCCCUCCAUUUUGUUGUAUGUUGUUUGUGCUGUUGGCAAGAGAAGUGCAAAAAAAAACUGUGUCGUUUAUAACGAUAUUCUAGCAAUGGACGGUAUGGGAGAUGUUGCAGUUGGUGUGAAGAGAGGAUCAGAUGAGUUGAUGUCAACCAGUGUCUACAACAGUGGAUCUGAAAUGAGCAGUAUCAGUGAUGUUACAGCCAAUGGGAGCGACAGUAAAUCCAAUGGGAGCGACAGUAAAAAGCUGAGAGUGGAAGACCGGAUGGAGGCCCCUCCCUCUCGUGUGCUGCACAUCAGAAAACUGCCCAAUGAAACUUCAGAAUCGGAGGUCAUUGCCCUGGGGUUACCUUUCGGGAAGGUCACAAAUAUCCUGACGCUUAAGGGGAAAAACCAGGCUUUCUUGGAGCUGGGGACAGAGGAAGCAGCAAUAACCAUGAUCAACUACUACUCUACUGUGACACCGCAUGUUCGGAACGUCCCCGUAUUCAUCCAGUAUUCCAACCACAAAGAACUCAAAACAGAUAGUGGAAACCAGCGGGCCCAGGCCGUCCUGCAGGCGGUGUCAGCGGUCCAAGGAGGAGGUACUCCUACGUCAGGCUCCAUUGCGGAUCUAACCGCUGCAUCAAGCCCUGUGCUCAGAAUAAUCAUUGACAACAUGUUCUACCCAGUCACUCUGGAUGUGCUGCAGCAGAUCUUCUCAAAGUUCGGCACGGUCAUGAAGAUAAUCACAUUCACCAAGAACAAUCAGUUCCAGGCUCUGCUGCAGUUCAACGACCCACCGACCGCCCAGCAAGCCAAAAUAGCCCUGGAUGGUCAGAACAUCUACAACUCGUGCUGUACGCUCCGCAUCGAUUACUCCAAGCUGGUCAACCUGAACGUCAAGUACAACAACGACAAGAGCCGUGACUACACCCGGCCAGAGCUCCCCGCCGGGGAUGGACAGCCUGCCAUGGACCCCAACAUGGCUGCUGCCUUCCAAGGCAAGGACUCCAACUCUCUGCUCGGUGGCCUGAGCCCGCUGAAUGCUGCGGCAGCGGCGGCUGCUGCUGCAGGGAGGGUGGCUCUGUCUGGUCACUCUGGCUCCAGCGGCGUGCUCCUGGCCUCCAACCUCAACGAAGAGAUGGUUACGCCCCAAAGUCUGUUUACUCUCUUCGGGGUGUAUGGUGAUGCCCAGAGGGUGAAGAUCCUCUACAAUAAGAAAGACAGUGCUCUGAUACAGAUGGCUGAUGCCAACCAAGCCCAGCUAGCUAUGAGUCACCUGAAUGGGCAGAAGAUGCAUGGGAAAGCCAUCAGGGUGGCUCUGUCUAAGCACACCUCGGUGCAGCUGCCCAGGGAUGGACUGGAUGACCAGGGCCUCACCAAAGACUUCACUAACUCGCCCCUACACCGCUUCAAGAAGCCCGGCUCCAAGAACUUUCAGAACAUUUUCCCUCCCACCACUACUCUUCACCUCUCCAACAUCCCAACGGACGUAACCGAGGAAGACCUCCGACUGCUGUUCUCCAACGCCGGGGGAACUGUGAACGCUUUCAAGUUCUUUCAGGAUCACAAAAUGGCGUUGCUCCAGAUGUCGACGGUGGAAGAGGCCAUCCAGGGUCUGAUCGACCUCCACAAUUACAACAUGGGUGACAACCAUCACCUGAGAGUCUCCUUCUCCAAAUCCACCAUCUAAACCGGCAUAACGAUCCUCCACAACAUCGCUUUCUGUUUUCCCUAGCAGAUUUUGGCUGGCAUUUGUUAACCCUGUUGACUCGUUCCAGACGCUUGAGGACCACAUUUUGACCUUAUUGUUUCUAAGUGUUAUCAGUCAUUCCUUCAGAGAGAACCAGAAACUCAAAUCGGGGGGAAGAAAUUGUUGUACUUCUAUGUUUUGAGGACAUUUUAACCCCUUCACCUGAUUCCGACCCCUGUGUUAGUCCCAUACCCCCUGAUCCUGACCCCUGUGUUAACCCCCUGACCCCUGUGUUAACCCCAUAUCCCCUGAUCCUGACCCCUGUGUUAACCCCAU